AUGCUGAUAUUACUAUUGCUGAUUGCGUCACCAGUUUUUGCUGAAAACUGUUCUGACCUGUUCGAUGGCGUUGUAUAUUCAAGACGGUCAAUUUUUACCAUUAAGGGUCUACCAACGAACCUAGCUUACAAUCAGAACAACAAAGACUUACAUUUUACAGUCAUAGACAUAGAUUCUCUACAAGAUGAUGACGUACAAACUAAAAUGGAGCAAUACGUGCUAGCAAACGGACACCCGAUCAAAAUUGAUGAUAUAAACGGUCAGGCUGCAGCCGUUGAUAAUAGAAAUAAUAAAGUUUAUAUAGCAAGUGAUGACGGUUUAAAUGUACUGAAUGGUUCCUAUCAAACAAAUUUCCUAGCAUUCAAAGACGAGGAUAUAACACAGCUAUUCAAAACUGCAAACAAUGACAAACUAUACGCGGUUAUAUUCCCGGAUAGUGAAGUUUAUGAAAUAGAUUUACAACGGAUUGAAAAGAGAAGAAUCGAGAAUGUUCCUUGCGCUUUCAUACUAGCUGUGGAUGAUGAUGGUAAUAUUUAUUACGAAUGUGAUUCGAAAUACGUGAAAGUUCUAUUAAAAGAUUUCGUUGAACCUAUAGAAUAUGUAGGUCUGACGAAAAACGCGGCCAGAGCAAUGGCAAUUGAUGAUAGGAAUAGAGUUAUUUUAGCUGCUAAUGACGGCUUGUAUUGGUUGCAACCAAACUCGAUUAUACCAAAGAAACUUAUGAACCUCGAUUUUAUACCUUCUGGUAUAGUUUUCAAUGGAUAUGACUUCUUUAUAUCUACAAGCGGUAUCAUUUAUGAAUUUAAUUUAGAAUUCUGUGAACAAUAA